CACAUAACGGAAGCACACCUUUUGUUGUCAUUUUGCAAGAAAAUGGCUUCUGUAAGAGCACAAGUAUAAGGGAAUGAACAUACCAACCGCAUAUUAGCUAGCUGGUCUGAAUUUUGUGUGAUCUGUUGUGAUUGACUUAUUGGUUGCUUCGUAAAAGAAAAUGCACUUGCUGGAUUGGUGUCACCGUGUGCUCUUCAUGGGUCAGAUGGGAGACAGAUGGCGAUGACAGAAGAACAAUGAUAAAACGCUACUGGUUUCAUUCCGCAAUGCAACAGGCUUUGGAAUGUGCAUUGGAUCGGGCAGAGUACAUUGUGGAGAGUGCCCGUCAGCGGCCGGCCAAAAAGAGAAUUCCAUCUAGUGGGAGGAAGUCUCUGUAUCAGAAGCUGUACGAACUGUACACUGAAGAAUGUGAGAAGGAGCCAGAGUUAAAGAAACUGAGGAGAAACGUGAACCUCCUGGAGAAGCUGGCCUCACAAGAAUCAGUGUCCUGUCUGGUGGUCAACCUGUAUCCAGGAAACGAGGGCUACUCUUUGAAACUCAGGGGGAAAAAUGGAAGUGACUCAGAGACAAUCCGGUUGCCGUACGAGGAGGGGGAGUUGCUGGAGUACCUGGAUGCUGAAGAACUUCCCCCUGUCCUGGUGGACCUUCUGGAGAAAUCACAGGUGAACAUCUUCCACUGUGGGUGUGUGAUCGCGGAGGUGCGGGACUACCGCCAGUCCGGGAACACCAAAAUGCCCGUGUACCAGAGCCACCACGUCCUGCUGAAGCCCACCAUGCAGACCUUGAUCUGUGACGUCCACGCUAUGACGAGCGACAGCCACAAAUGGACGCAGGACGACAAGCUGCAGCUGGAGAGCCAGCUGAUCCUGGCGACCGCCGAGCCGCUGUGCCUGGACCCGUCCGUCUCCGUCGCCUGCGCCGCCAACCGGCUGCUCUACAACAAGCAGAAGAUGAACACGCACUCCAUGAGAAGGUGUUUUAAGAGACAUUCCAGGGCCGCUCUGAACAGACUGCAGGAGCUGUCCCAUUCCCCCACGCCCCCUCCGCUGCUCCUGUACGACUACCUGCAGAAGAGGAGGGACAGGAAGCCGGCGCCCUCCGUGGACCUCAAGAUCUCCAGGGCCGGGAACUACGUGGACACAUGGAAACAGAACAGCUGCCAGCUCAAUGCCCCGGCUCAUGUUGAUGUGGAGAAGUAUGCUGUGAUGGAGGAGUCCGUUACGCUGGAGGAGUCGCAGCCUAGUGUCUGGCCUGCACAUGAAGUGAAAGAUGACUACCUUUUCGAAUCAGAAGUGGACGACGAGGUCCAGAAGACGAAAGUCACCAUCUUUCAGUCUGUGGGGGACCCCCUGGUGUACGGGAGGAUAUACAGCACCAAAGAGCCGAAAGAAGAGGAGGAGGGGAGCGACCUGCAGCUCAUCCACCCCCCUUUCCUCAUUGGCUCGAAAAUUGAUGCAGAUCGAUUCCUGAGCCAGUACAAGGAGGUGUAUGAGAGGGAUGUGAAGUGUCAGGUGAAGGUGCUGCACAGUUCUGAAGGUGCGGGAGGCCAGAGCCCCACAGGGACGGAACCAGAGACGGACAGUCUCUCCAUGCUGGUUCAGCCCUCCUUGUUGGGCAAGGGGCUGGAGCACCGACCUGCAGCCAGCAAACCGCCCGCAGGGUCAGGAGGCUGUUCCUCAGGGAACGCCCACGGGUCGCAGCCGCCCAGCGGCCGCCCGAAAUCGACGACCCCGCCGCCGUCCAAGCCCCCGUCCCUCUCCCGGAAACACUCUGCGGAGGUCUGCCAGGCCGGCCUGCUGUCCUCCUCGGCCCUCUCCCCCGUAGGGUCGUCACAAAGAUCGGGGACACCUAAGCCAUCCACCCCCACCCCCACCAACACCCCCUGCACCACGCCCCUCCCUCACGACACCCAGACCUCCAUGCCUGCCACCACCCCCUCUGCCACGCCCACCCCACAGGACCCCGCCUUGCCUUCCCAGCCUGCCCUGCUCACCCCAUUGGCCCUCAGCCAGGCCCUGCCGGUCAUGACCAUCCCCCGGCCAUCCAUGGCCACCUCCAUCACCACCGGUAGCUCCUCCCCCCCGGUCAUGAGCAGCUCCGCCGGCCUCAACUUCAUCAACGUGGUGGGCUCCGUCUGUAGUCCCCAGGCCCUGAUGAGUGGGUCUAACCCCAUGCUGGGCUGUGGUCCCGCCCCCAUCACUUCGGGGAUCAACCUGAGCGGGAUCCUGCCCCCUGGGGGUCUGAUGUCUGGGACUCUCCCCGCCAUGCAGUCAGCCACCCCUGCAGGCAGUCCGUUCGGCUUGAGCAGUGCCCCAGGCCUCAGCCCCUUGAAUCUCCUCCAGAUCCCCACCGGCCCCGUCAUCUUCAACUCCCUGCAGCAGCAGCUGUCCCAGUUCUCCCCUCAUCAGUCCAGCAGCCAGUCCGCCACCUCCAGCCCCCAGCAGCAGGGGGAGCCGACAUCUGACCAUGGUGUGGGCGGGCCGGACCAGGGCCUGACCAAUCAGCAGACAGCAGUGAUAAACCUGACGGGAGUGGGUGGCUUCAUGUCCCCUCAGGCAGCAGUGCUGUCCCAGCUGGGCUGUGCCCUGGAAAGUUCCGGGCCCGGCCUGCCAGCGCCGGGGCUCCAGCUCUCUCCAGCUUUACAGCAGCAGCACCAGCAGCAGAUACAAGUAAUCCAGCAGCUUCACUUAAAACCCUCAUCCAACCCAAUGCAACACGUGCGUAGGAUCGGUAGCCAGAUUAGCCUCAUCCACUCUACGCCACCAAUACAUCGUGUCUGUAUGCGUAGGAUAGCUACUACGUCAGCCUCAUUCGCUCAACAUAUACAACACAACAUGUCUAUGUGUAGGAUAGCUACAACGUUAACCUCAUCCACACAACAUAUCCAACACAACAUGUCUAUAUGUGUAGGAUAGCUACAACGUUAACCUCAUCCACUCCACGCCACCAAUACAUUGUGUCUAUAUGUGUAGAAUAGCCACAACGUUAACCUCAUCCACACAACAUAUCCAACACAACAUGUCUAUAUGUGUAGGAUAGCUACAACGUUAACCUCAUCCACACAACCUAUCCAACACAACAUGUCUGUUUGUGUAGGAUAGCUACUACGUUAACCUCAUUCACACAACCUAUCCAACACAACAUGUCUGUUUGUGUAGGAUAGCUACUACGUUAACCUCAUCCACACAACAUAUCCAACACAACAUGUCUGUUUGUGUAGGAUAGCUACUACGUUAACCUCAUCCACUCAACAUAUCCAACAGAACGUGUCUAUAUAUGUAGAACAGUAACAACAUUCGCCUCAUCCACUCAACAUAUUCAGUACGAUAAAAUAACAUGUCUGUGUCUAGAAUUAUUAGCCAAAUUGGCACACAGCACAAAUAAAUAAAUAAAUAAAGUGGUCCUUUAUUUUUGAGUUGGAGGCUGUUGGCGUUUUAUGAUUGUUCUUCAUGUCCUUGUGUGCUCAUACUUUUGUAUUUAGCAUGUAUACGUGCAUCUGUGCUGAAGAUUAAAAACCCUCCCCGUGA